ACAAUUACGAUGCGAUGGACUUCAUUUAGUCAACUGGGACAAUUCUUCAAACACCUGGCAUGUGAAACUAAAAUCUCCUGCGUAUGUGAUCAAGAUUCAAGAAGACGAAUUAAUAUACGAAACCGACAACAGAUCCAUCGGUUUUACGUGAUCUCAUAAUCACCCAAUUAACCGGAGGAUUUAAGGAGUAGAGAACCAUCCCCAUCGCUUCAAUACAACAGCUUAACAAGAAUCGAUUCCACUGACAGUCAUGGUGGACUGCUGGUAGUGGGGUCUGAUCUUUUUUGAAGUUAGGUCGGUGGGGGUUUCAUGAUUCUUGAAGAAAUAUUGUUAGAUAUUGCUGAAUUCAUUUGGUUUUUCUUUUGAGAUUGGAUGAAUGUAUGAGAAAGAAGAAGAAUCUGAAUCAGAGAUGGGUCGAGAGAUCUGGAAUCUAUUACGGCCGCGAUUCCUUGUUAUCUUCUUGAUCGGUUCAGUUUUCGUCUUCCUCGCUUUCUCGUCAUUCUCUCAACAGGAGGAARAUACGAUGGAAGAGGUGCAUGAAAUUACCCAUAGAGCAUUUCUUGAUGUUGAUAUUGAUAAGCAACGAUUAGGAAGAAUUGUUAUUGCAUUGUAUGGUGAAGUUGUACCAAAAACUGUUGAAAACUUUCGAGCUCUGUGCACAGGGGAACUGGGCAAGGGUUCGAGUGGUAAACCACUACACUAUAAGGGAACGCCUUUCCAUCGUAUAAUACCUGGUUUCAUGAUUCAAGGUGGAGAUACUGUCUAUGGCAACGGGAGAGGAAAUGAAUCCAUCUAUGGUGGAGUUUUUCGUGACGAAAAUUUUAAGAUCAAGCAUUCACACGCAGGCAUGGUGGCCAUGGUGAAUUCAGGUCCAGAUUCUAAUGGUGCGCAGUUCUUCAUCACCACAGUUAAGGCCUACUGGUUGGACGGGGAACAUGUGGUGUUUGGAAAAGUGAUUGAAGGCAUGGAUACGGUGUAUGCAAUCGAAGGGGGAGCCGGUACUUACAGCGGAAAACCCAGAAAAAAGGUGGUGAUUGCUGAUUCGGGUGAA